AUGCUCUCGUCCAUCGAGCUGCUCUCGGGGCGGCGGCGAAGAGCGCCUCUGCGCCAUGUAGACACCUUCAGAAUAUUUAACCUUGAGCUCCCAGAAAGGAAUAACAUACUAGAGAAGUUCCAAGAGGAGUAUACACCAAGGAGACAAGAGCACCACCAGCUGCUCGAGUGGCGUAAUACUCCUCAAGUGCACCAUGUCAAGUACAUUAAGUCCAAUGCCAGGUUUUUAAAUAAAACAUUCUGUUAUAUGGACACGGAAGACCCGAAAGCCAAAGAGGAUCAUUGGUGGCCAUGUAAUGAACCCUUAGUGCAUCGUCCUAAACCACCUUUUGGCAAGCAAAGCACUCAGAGAAAUGAUUUUCAGAAGCCAAACUGUAAAUUGACUCGGCCUAUUAAGCACAGCAGUAUGCUGCCACCUUCUCAUGGAAUAGUUCCACUUGCAUCUCCUCGAACACCCACCAGCCUUCCGAGAAUUUUCCAAGAGCAGAUCUCUUUUAAACAUCACUAUAAUGCCAGAGCAACUCCCUGUGUCCCCUACCAAGGGAAGAAACAGGGUACUUUUGUGUGCCGAGAGAUAAAGCCAGCGAGGGGGACGUUAGUUCCUGAGGGAGCUGAAGCGCUGACAAGUACACAGGGGUCAGACCCGCUGGAACAGCCACAAGCAGAGAAAGGAAACUCAGUGGAAAACUGUAUGACCUCACCCUGCCUAUGCUUGCCGGAUUCCCAGGAGGCACCAGAUUCCGGCACUCACUUAUCAAAAACAGACAUCAGUGUGGGAGCCAAGGCAGACCCCAGUGCCUCUGAGAAGGGGCAGAUUUCUCAGAAAAAUGAAGCAGAUCUUAGCUAUCGAGCUGGAGAGGCACCUUCCUGUCCUGUGAGAAAGGCUGCCCUCCAUAAAUUGCAGGACCACUUGCCUCCUCUUCCGAAAGUGGUACAAUCUCCAGCAGAAAUUCAGAUGGCCUAGAAGGGCUGCGCAAGUGAGGGGGGGAGAGUUGGCCUGGUGCAAUAUCAGUAACGCCAAACACUAACUGACACCAGCAAAUUGUUCAAGGCAAGACACUCUGCCUUUACAUAACAACAGCUGCAGCAUGCUUUGAUGCCUUCAGAAAAUGAGAGGCUCAUAAAAACUAUGAAUCUUUUAUUUUAUUUUUGUCCCGUGGUGCAGUUUAAUUUUUCAUUCAUAUGCUUAUGCAAAAUUGCCUGGGUUGUUCAUUGGCAGGAGUGUUCUUUUUAGUAUGGACUGUAGUUAAACUAUAAUGUCGGAAUGAAACGAAUCAUGUUAUUUCCCUAACUUUUAACUGUUUCCAGUUUUUUAAAAAGUGAUUAUGCUUUUGGGUUUGGAGUUUUAAUACAUUCUGAGGCCCUGACAGAAACUGAAAAUUGUUCCAUGUAGGUGGAAGAAAUAUGCUUUUUCAGUGAUUUGGUGUCAUCCUGUAAUAAAUAGAGGCUAUUGUUGUUUCAGUAGGAAAUGAGGACAGUUAAAAGGGACAAUUUGCUACAGUCCAUAAGAAUGCAAGUUAUGUUCCAUUGCUGAACACAGUCAGGAAGGACACCUUUACAGUAACCUUCACUUUUGCUGUAACAUUUUCCUGGAAAUUUUGAAUGGAUUUGGUCUCAGGUCAGGAAUUCAGCUUACUUUUAAUGUACUUAUAUAGAUUUCUAAUGUCAUGCCUUUUAUUUGAAACCUUGAAUCUGUAAUAUAUUUUUUUUAAUCAGAAGCCUGUAAGUAAGGAAGAGCUUUGCUGGAUCAGUAUAUUCAGCCCAGCAUCUGAUGGUGGCUAGCCUCUGAGAAACAUACAAGAAAGCUGGAAAGGAAACAACACUCCCCUAUGGAUUGUGCACUGUGUGUUCAGAGGUAUACUGUCUCUGGAGAUUCCAUUUAGCGGACAUUGAGUAAAAGUCAUUGGUAUACCACCCUCCAUGAAUUUAGUUUUUAAAAAGCCACUUUAAGCUAGUGACCAUGGCCGUUUCCAGA